AUGGAUGCCAAACCUCAACGUCCCGUUCGCUCCGUACGCAUUCGCGGAGACGAAAACAUCCCCACCGGCCUUGACGUGAAGAAGACUCUUCAACGCAACAAAUCCGUCCCAGCGCUCUCUGUUGCCGCUCAGGCUGGAGGCUUGAAGGCCGCUGCAAAGCGUACCGCGUUUGGCGACGUUAGCAACACUACUCGUGCCAAUUAUAUUUCCAAGGACGACUCCAGCGUCCCUAUCAAGGCUGGCUUGGAGCUUCCUGAAAAGGCCGUCAAGGUCAACGUCGAGAAGAAAACGGCAGCAUUGCUGCGACCUGCUCACCGUCCAUUGUCCGCCGCUGCGGCCAAAGCUGCCCUCAAGCCCGCGUCCGAGAACGUGUCUCUUUCUGAUAACAACACUACUAAGGCUUUGGAGCCCCAGGCUCAGCCAGCCAAUACCCGCAAGGUUGCUGCCAAACGCAGCACUGCUGUCUUCAAGGACGCUGCAAAAGAGAAGGUCGAGCCGCCAGCCCAGCUUGUGCAAGACACACUUGCUGUUGCCAACACCGUUCAUCGGGACCUUGCAACGCGUCCGAUCAAAGAGCACAAUUAUUCGAACAUCGACACUGCGGUGGUUGAAGGGCCUUCGAGCGACCUUACAAUUGCUGAACCGGUCGAAGGAGCAGAGGAGCUUCCUGCUCUGCACGCCAUCUUGGAGGAGACAGACGCGGUCCGCCCUGAGAAGACUUACAUUGAUACCAUUGUUGAAGAGGAGGCUCCCUACCACAUCUCAGACGAAGUGGAACCCAUUGGACGCAAGUGCGAGUUUGUCGAUUUGGAGAAGCAUGAGGCGCAGCAUCUAGUCAUGGAACAGAUUCUUGAAGAGCGCGUUCGUGAGGAGGUGAAGGCCGAGAUGGGUUACAAAGUUGAUGAAUUGCCCAUCUCUGACCCUGAGGAAUAUUGGGACGACGAGGAUGAUGUCGAAAACUAUGAAGAAGAGGGCUACACCACCGCCCGUUCGUAUCGGUCACGUGGGGAGAACACUACUGGAGGCGUGACCACGGCCCUCUUUCCCAAGACCAAUGCACGCAUCCAGCGCGAAUUUGAAAUUGCCAAGCAGCUCGUUGAAGGCUCGCGUACCCUGGAGGAGGUUGAAGAUGAGACCUGGGAUACGAGCAUGGUGGCUGAAUACGGCGAGGAGAUCUUUGAGUAUAUGAGGGAUCUAGAGAUUAAAAUGUUGCCCAAUGCUCACUACAUGGACAACCAAGCGGAGAUUCAGUGGUCGAUGCGCUCUGUGCUGAUUGAUUGGUUGGUCCAAGUCCACCAGCGCUUCAAUCUCCUUCCCGAGACCCUCUUCCUCUGUGUCAACUACAUUGACCGCUUCUUGUCGUGCAAAAUCGUCUCCCUCGGCAAGCUUCAGCUCGUGGGCGCCACUGCUAUCUUCAUUGCAGCCAAGUUUGAAGAGAUCACGUGCCCUUCUCUCCAGGAGAUUGUUUAUAUUGUUGAGAAUGGCUACGAGGCCGAAGAGAUUCUCAAGGCAGAACGCUUCAUGUUGACUAUGUUGCAAUUUGAGCUAGGAUGGCCAGGUCCUAUGAGCUUCUUGAGACGCAUCAGCAAGGCCGAUGACUAUGACCUCGAGACCAGAACAUUGGCCAAAUAUUUCCUCGAAAUCACUAUUAUGGAUGAGCGCUUUGUCGGCAGCCCGCCUAGCUUCCUUGCCGCUGGUGCUCACUGCUUGUCGAGAUGCAUGUUGAAGAAGGGUGAUUGGUCUUGCGCUCACAUUUACUAUUCUGGUUACACCUUUGCGCAGCUUCGCCAACUGAUUGCGACCAUUCUUGAAUGCUGCGAAAGCCCGCGUCGCCAUCACGCAGCCGUUUUUGAAAAGUAUGCCGACAGGCGUUUCAAGCGUGCCUCUCUCUUUGUCGAAGCCGAAAUGAAGAAGGGUUUCCAGAUGCCUGAAGGUCGCAAGUCCAUCUCCGGUGCUAGUUUGGCCGGUUUGAGCGAGUGGACACGCAAGUGA